AUGAAGUGUGAUCGCGUGUUUCCAGUGUGUGGCCGAUGCCAAAAGACUGGCAGAGGCCACGAGUGUACAUACGAUCCUCGGCUGCUUGAAGAGUCCCACUCUGACGCGGGCGCUGCAUCGAUUGCCCUCGCCGAGCGGCCAGCUGAUAGCAACCCUUCCUCGGACUCGCCAGAUGCAUUGCAAUGGAAGCUCAGAACCCAAGAGAGACGGAUAGCGAUGUUGGAGCACAAGCUUGCCACAAGGGACGACACCAGAAACCCCUCGCGAUUCGAGGCCGUUGUCCCUGAUGAGCCCGAGAUCAAAGAAGAAAUCAUGUUCAGAGGCAAAGGUUUCAAAUCUCACUUCAACGGCGCAACGAGUAUUAUGAGCAUGAUCUCUAUGAAUUACGAGCUGCAGGCAUUUACACGGGAAGCCUUGACUGUUGACCACUCUAUUAUGCGCGUCAAAACUGACUUCAAAACCUUCCGCGACCAGAGGAAAAAGUCCGCAAUGGCCAAGAUCGCCAGAUAUUCCGACAUCGACCUGGAAGUCUUCGCUGUCCUCCCUGCGAAGAGUACGGUCGAUGCACAAGUCGCUCUCUAUUUUCAGACCUGGGAAACGAGCUACAGGAUUCUACACGAGCCAUCUUUCUGGAAAGAGUACCGCAUAUUCUGGGAAUCAGAUCAAGACAAAAAGAGCUCAGUCAGCUUUGCCGUCUUACUUCUCUUGCUUGUUGCCAUCUCAAAGUGUCUCGCCCCAAAAGAUGACGUCUUCAUUGGCGACACGACUGCAGACCGGCAAGCAGCCCUUGAACUCAUCGAUAUAUGUGAUGCCUGGAUCGGCGAGCAGCCCCGCAAGCGGGUUACUUUGUCUUUCUUCCAAUUACAUUGCUUGUCGCUGCUUGCUAAGCGUGUCAAUUGUGUCCGACUGAAGCAAGACUGGAUAGCAUCGGGAGACUUACUUCGACUCUCCAUUACAUCCGGUAUGCAUCGUGAUCCGUGUCUGGUCGGGCAUGGGAAAAUCUCACCUUUCGAUGAGCAAAUGAAGAAGCGACUGUGGGUCACUGUCAUGGAAAUGGAGCUCCAAUCUUCCAUCGAGAGCGGGUUUCAAUCUGGACUUACCGGACUGUACUUCGACACUCCUGCGCCUGCGAAUCUUGCCGAUGAAGCUUUCUCACCAGACACACAACACGUGCCGUUAGGUCAGCCCACUGAAUACUUCACGUCAGCAUCAUACCUUGCAAUGACUCUAAAAUCACUUCCACUUCGUAUUCAUCUCACGCAGCUGCUGAAUACACCUUCUAGUGUCCUCCGUUACACCGACGUACUGCACUACGAUGCGCAGAUCCGUUCUGCAUUGGCGAUCCUCCCCGUUUGGAAUGACGAUAGCGCGCUUGUGCCUUCUACGCUUCUUCGUUUGCAACUGCGUCAGUAUCUUUUGUUGCUACAUAAGCCGUACGCAAAACUGGCUCACACAAACGAUCGCUAUCUGCAUUCUUUCACGACGUGCGUGGAUACCUGCAGCUCGUUAUUGGCAAUGCACGAUUGCCUGAUAUCGAGAGGUAUCCUGGCACUUCACAACUUCCGGAACGAUGUGAUCAGGAUCAAAUCGUUCACGUCCUAUACAGCAGAGACUGAGACUCAGGAUGUAGACCAUCAUACACAUUUUGCGGAUCUUACUCUUCCAAAUCGUUCAGUUGGCCCAGACUCACGAAUGGAUUUGGACCUCGCGAUAUUGCCACAAGAUCCCUUUCUUGCAAGAACACUGUGCACAUCUUCAAUCGAUAUCCUGGAACGUACGAGACAGAUCUUCGAAGUCAAAGUCUUUCGACUUGCCUCUUCUCUUCGCUCUACUAUGAGUACCACAAGAGAAACGGGAUCUACGAUUGGGAAUGCCGAAAGUGCGGCUCCCACCUCGCUAGACAGGCUUGACAUGAACCUUAAUCUUGCCGAUGGUGCUAAAGAUAUGAACGGGACCUUUGAUGUGCUGCAGGAUAUGCAGGUCGAUAUGAGUGGCUGGUCAUUCCCUGACUUCUGGGCGUUCGAUCUCGGUGGUGACUUCUAA